AUUUAUUAUUAUUGUAUAAUCUUAUAAAACAAUGUCAGAUACAACAUCUUUAAUUGUUGCUCUCAAAGGUUCAAAAGAUCUUGAAAAAACAGGUAAAAUCAUUCGAUUUGGAAAUGGGGCUAAUUUGGAUACCGUACGUGGUCUUGCUGCUGAAAAAUUAGCUAUUGGUGGUAAUAGUCAAGAUCUUGUUUUACUUGAUGGUUCUGAUCGUUUACUUGAUGGAAUUGAUGAUCUUCGAAAACAACAAGUGGUAUACGUUGAUCUUCCUGAAUCUGUCAAAGAAAUUAUUCCUGGUCCUACGAAAUUACCUUUUGUUGGUAAUCUUUAUGAAUUUGUUCCCGAUUUUACUGCUGGUUGGAAUCGAUUAUUUAAGGAAUAUGGUCCUCUUGUUGAUACUACAACACUUGGUGUAAGAAACAUUGGUACAAAUGACCCUGCCAUUGCUGAACUAUUUGUCAAAGAAGGCGAAUACUUUACCAAAAAGAUUGCACCCACUCCUUUAAGUGAAGUCAAAGUAUUCGCCGGUCAAGGUUUAUUUACUACUGAUUCAGACGAAGAUGAUUGGAAACUCGCUCACAAAUUAUUGAUGCCUGCAUUCUCUCCGCGUGCUAUCAAGGCUUAUCAACAUGAAAUGGGUAUCAUUACUCAAAAGACAAUCAAGAUUUUGGACCAAAUGAAACCAAACGAAAAAGUGGAUAUUCUUGAUUGGACAACAAAGGUCACUUUUGAAACUAUCGGUCGCAUCGGUUUUGGAUAUGAAUUCAACUUACUCGAAGAAAAGGAUGCACCUCCUCAUCCUCUUAUUCAAUCUAUGGGUUAUCUUUUACAAAUGGUGGUAACUCGUCGACAACAAGCUCAAUUUAUGAAACAUAUUCCCACCGCUGCCAACCGAAAAUUCGACCAAUCUAUGGAGAUCAUGCACGGUACUGUAAGUGAGGUGAUUGCCGAACGAAAACGAAGUCCUGACGCCAAAGACAAGAAUAAGGAUAUGCUUGGUUUUAUGUUGAAUGCUCGUGAUGAAAAUGAUCAUGGUCUUUCAGAUGAAAAUAUUCGUGAUCAAGUUGUGACCUUUUUGAUUGCAGGACACGAUACUACUGCAAAUACUUUGGCAUGGGUCCUUUAUGAAAUAUCUCGCAAUCCUGAUGUGGAAGCAAAGAUUCUUCAAGAAAUCGCUAAUACUGGUAUUACUCAUGACAAAUUACCAACAUCUGAACAAAUUAGUAAUUUGAAAUACAUGCAUCAAACCAUCAAGGAAACACUUCGAAAGUAUCCUCCUGUUCGUGCACUUAGCAAGUACUGUAAAAAAGAGUGCAUCGUUCCUUAUGGUUACAAGAUUCCUGCUAAUACUGGUGUAUCUGUUCAAGUUUAUUCAAUGCAUCACAAUGAAAAGGUGUAUCCUGAUCCUGAACGUUUCGAUCCCGAUCGAUUCUCCCCUGAAGAAGAACAAAAACGAUCUCGUUCUGCUUGGUUACCUUUCUCCACUGGUCCACGUGCUUGUAUUGGUAUGGCUUUCGCUUUACAAGAAGCAAAGACAGUUCUGGCAAUGUUCUUACACAAGUACAAAUUCUGUUAUGAUGGACCUGAUGUUCAUUUUGAUCCUCGUACCGCUACCACAAAACCCGAAGAUUUGUUGAUGACUGUCGAACCUCGUACUGACUUCCCUGCACCAACCGAAGACAAUAGCCUUCCAGAAACUACUACCAAAUCAACUGCUUCCAAGGCUAUGCCUAGUUUAGCUCAUGCUGAUGCUGCCAAAGAAGUAGAACUUCCUACUGUUACUUUCCUUUAUGGUACUCAAACUGGUACUGCGCAAGAUUAUUCUAAUCAACUUUUGCAGCAAGCCAAAGAAUUCGGAUUUGAAAAGGUGAACAUGGUGGAAAUCGACAAGUGGAAAGGAUUACAAGAUGGAAAAUACAACGGACCUACUUCUGGUAGUCAACGUGAAUUGGUGGUAAUCUGUACAGCAACAUAUAAUGGUCAACCUCCUGAUACUGCCGAAGCUUUCAACAAAUUCAUCGAUAACAAGACAAAGGAACAAGGUCAUGAAACCAUCUAUAAAGGUCUUCUCUUCUCUAUCUUUGGCGUAGGAAACAAAAACUGGCGUACUUAUCAACAUUUCCCUCGCAAGGUGGAUGAAGCCUUUGAAGAAUUUGGUGCUGAACGGUUUUUCCCUCGUGGUGAAGGAAAUGCUGACCAAGAUAUGGAUGCUGAAUUUAAUGAAUGGUGUGCCCACUUUUGGAGUCAUGUGUUAGAUUACUACGGUAUUGCUGCUUCUCAAGAUAAAUCUGUAGUACCUACUUCGACAACUAGCAAGAGAACAAAUACUAUAGUUACCAUCAAUUACAUUAGUCCCAAGGAUGCGGUCAAAUAUCAAGCUGGUAUCUCCAAUUACAACGGUGAAAAGAAUGCAAUCAUCAAAGUGAACCGUGAAUUGCAACAAGAGGGGUCUGGUCGCAGCACACGCCAUAUUGAAAUUGACAUCUCCGCUCUUACACCUAUUAGUGAAAACGCAGAUCACUUUUAUAACGCUGGUGACCAUUUGGAAGUGAUGCCUGAAAAUGAUCCUGCUUUGGUGAAUACUAUUGCUUUGAACUAUGGUUGGAUUCUGGAUUCUGUGUUUGAAAUCGAUCCUACGUCUCAAGCUGGUCUCUCUUCUCGUUCUCUUGGAGCUGCCAUCAAAGGACCUUGUACCAUCCGCAAUGCGCUCACCUAUUAUGCUGAUUUAUCUUCUCCUCCAACUCGAACCAUGCUUUCAUUCUUUGCCAAUCAACUUCGACAAACUGCUCCUGAAACUGCCGAAGUAUUCGAAAAGCUUAUUAUGCCCGAUCAAGACAAUGUGGAUCAGUAUCCAGCUUUCAUCAAACGAUAUCGUACCUUAUUGGACUUGCAGAAAGGUUUCCCUCAAGUCAACAGCCUCGACUUUGCUCAAUUUAUCUCUGCUGCUGUUGUGAUGCAACCUCGUCGUUAUUCAAUUGCUAGUUCACCUCUUGUGUCUUCCAAAACAGCUGCUCUUACUGUGGGCGUGGUGGAUGAUAUUGUGGAUGGUCGUCAUUAUGGUGGUCUUGCAUCGUCUUAUCUCGCUCGCAGCAUUGUCGAUGGUGGUGAUGAUAAAUUGACCAAGAUUCAUGCCGUGUUCAAGUCAUCCAAGAGCACUUUUGAUUUACCAAGUGAUCCUUCUGUUCCUAUCAUCAUGAUUUCUGCUGGUACUGGCUUCUCACCUUUCCGAGGUUUCAUUCAAGAACGUGCUGCUCAACGCAAGCAAGGUAUCAAGGUUGGAUCUACUUCUCUCUUCUUUGGUUGUCGUCGUGCUGAUCAUGAUUACAUUUAUGGCGAUGAAUUGGAAACGUUUGUGCAACAAGGCGUACUCAACAAUCUCCAUGUGGCAUUCUCAAGACAACAACCUCCUUCACCUACCAAGUACGUUCAACAUCAAAUCCUCGCUAACGCCACUGAAGUUUGGAAUUUGAUGCAUCCUUCCUCUGGUGAAAUCCCUGCUAAUGUCUACAUCUGUGGUAGUGGUAAUAUGAGCCGUGAUGUCCGACGUGUAUUUAUCUCGAUGUUCAAGAGCUUUGGUGAUGCUACUGAUGAUGUGGAAGCGGAAGCCAAGUUACAACAAUGGAUCGAUGAAGCUAGAUACAAUGAAGACGUUUGGGGUUAG